GAGCGAGCCGAGCCCGCACAUGCGCGGUCGAGGCCCCGAGGCUGGGGUGGCGGCUGCGAUGGAACCCGCGGCGCCGCCGAACGAGCUGGUGUCGGCCGAGGGCCGGAACCGGAAGGCGGUGCUGUGCCAGCGCUGCGGCUCGCGGGUCCUGCAGCCGGGGACGGCGCUCUUCUCCCGCCGGCAGCUUUUCCUUCCUUCCAUGAGAAAGAAGCCAGCUCUGGCCAACGGCAGCAGCCCUGAUGGAGACAUCCUCCAGGAGCACUGGUUGGUGGACGACAUGUUCAUGUUUGAGAACGUGGGCUUCACCAAGGACGUGGGCAACGUCAAGUUUCUGGUCUGUGCAGACUGUGAAAUCGGACCCAUCGGCUGGCAUUGCCUGGAUGACAAGAACAGUUUCUAUGUGGCUUUGGAACGGGUUUCCCAUGAGGGGGGGGGGGGGGGUAUGUGGCAGGGAGGGGGCUCAGCUCCACCCCCAACUGUAAAAGCUGCUGCUCACAAGAACUGGUACUUAACCUGGGCAACGGCCUUCUCUGUCCUGAUACAAAUCCCAAGUGUCGCACGUCCAGCUGGGCGUGCAGCGGGUAGUCCUGCUUCCUCAGCCCAGCAUGCAUGCCCCUCGCUCUGUUCCCUUGGCAUCACAGCAUUUCCUGGUCUCCCUUUACCCCCUGAGGUAGGACACCGGGAUGUCACACCCAGCGUUCUGCCUGGCUCUCUUACCCAGGGGCCCUUGCUUCCUGCCCUGGAGCAGCUGCGCCCACCGUUUAGCCAAGAGGACACAAAAUAGAUGAUGCUUUUGUGCUGAUAGUUGAAGAUCCACCUCUCUCUCAGGCAGGAAACAUACAGGGGUCUGAGAGCGACCGUGUUGUGGGGCUAAUUGUAUCUACAGUAAUUUAUUCUUCUUAAAAGUAUAGCAUUUCCAAACUUUAGUACUUAGACUACUAAUCAGACUUCAGACACACCUGAUACCGUGUGUGAGCGCCUCUGCUCCAGCUCGAUAGUGACCUUGUGUGGUGAAGGUGAACAUGGCCCCUCUUCCCAUCACAUCAUGAUAUGGUCUCUCUCUAUGUUAGCGCCUCACUGCUGCAGCCUGUAAGUUGAGGAUCAGAUUCUCAACCCCAUCAGGUGGCCACCCCAAGGGAAGCUCGGCCUGAGCUGUUUCCCCAGGAUCUCUGAGGACCACAGCAGAGGCUGUGGGCUAUUGGGGAGGCUAGGCCUUUGCCAUAUCACACAGUAGUUUGUAGGUUUGUCUUAUGUGGACAAGUAACACUGCCUUUGUUCUUAAGAGACUCCUAUAAAGGACAGUGAGUGUUGUCACUUACUGAACCUGCAGGGCGUGGUUCUCAAAGUUUUGGUCAUUUGGAAUAUUUACCAACCAAGACUACAAACUUCCCAUCCAGACACCUCUACUUCUGCAGCUGUGGGGUUGCUCUGCCAGUUCUGUGCUGGCAGACUUGUUCACCCAUUGAGUAGCUUUCCAGCUGUGUGUCACUUUUCUUCUGGAAUGACGUACCUUUGGAGAAAUCUGUGUGACCAGGUUCAGCUGUCCUCUCCCUCCCCCGAGAUCCAGGAGGCCUGGGACUGAAGUAGAGACAUUGCAGCUUGCAGUCUGUUCGUGUGCAUCUGGUUUUGCUUCCUGCUCCCUUCUCCCCAGAGCUUACGCUGAGGGCUCAACUAAAGUGCGGGCCGUGGGCACAGUUUUGCAACCAGCCACUUCCCUCUUCCCCGGUCAGAGCCUCAGUGAGCUCUAGGAGAAAACAAGAAAACUGUUUUCCAGCGAAUCGGUCAAAUGUCCAUGAUAAUGGCAUUUGCAGAAAAAUAGCUGUAAGAAUUAUCCACUCAGGUCAGAAGGAACAAAACCAAGUAGAUGCCUCCAGGGGCGUGUGGCCCCUCCUAGCACAGCCAAACCUAGGCAAAGCAUUUUUUUAAAUUAGGCUUCGACUUUUCUUUCCUUUUUUGAAUUACAGAAAUAGUACACAUUCAUUGCAGAUAAAUACAAAAAUAGGUACAAACAUUUUUUUUAAUCACUUAUAUUUCCACCAUCCAGAGAUUGCCAAUGGUAAUGUGGUGUUUAUCAUUCUCAUUGUUUUUCUACAUAUAUAUUUAAACGUGUUGUUUGGUAAAACAAAUAUUAGAUCAUAUACUGUACUCUUUUAUAACUUGCUUUUUCCAUUUAACAAAAUACUGGCUUCUCAUGUUAGUAGAUGUCCAUCUGUGUACACCAUUGUUGUUAUUCCAUUGUAUUUUACUGUAAUUUAUGUCAACAAUCCACUAUUAGAUUGUCUCCAGCUUCUUAUAAACAGUGUGAUACAACGUGCACCCUGUACUUACAUCUGGAUAGGCAUCCCUAGCUACGUCCUUGGCAUACGUCAUUAGACGUGGGAUGGCAGGGUGUGCCCAUUGUCAGUCUGCUGUGCUCACUUAGCCUCCCCAGCAGUGUGAGACGGACUCACUUCCUUCAGUCUUUCUAACACUGGGUAUUUAUUAUCAUUAAAAGAAUAUUUUGCCACUUUAAUAGUAGAAAAAAAUAGUAUUUCAUUGUUUUGAUUUGCAUUGAUGUUUCUAAUGAAAUUUUUAUAUACUUAUCGGUCAUUUGUAUUCCUUUUUUUGAGAACUGCCAAACAUUGUUGCCACAGUCUCCAAAAAUAUCGAGUUGUUAUUCUGCCUUUUUGGUUUGAUGUAAAAGAAAUAAAGGCAUUUAAACCAUG